GUAGUUCACACUUUACAAACUAGGUAAAAAAAAGUAAAAGUUACAAAACGUACUAAAGAAGAUAUUGGAUAAGAUCACAAGUCUUACCACUCCAUUCAUAUCCAAUAUCCUUCAAAAUUCAAAAAAAAAUUCAAAAAAAAAAUUUCAAAAAAAAACUUACCCUUUAGAAAUGUAACACAAUUACACAAGUGAGGAAGUGAGAUUACCAAUAAAUUAUGCGUGGCAUCAUCUUAGAGAGAUACUUUCUAUCGACCGUUUUCUUUCUUCCCCCUGAAAAACCUCUCCCUUUCUCUUUCGAAUGUCUGCUAAAAACCCAGUAUUUCAAUCUCUGGAAAGAAAGAGGAAAUCCACAUUUCCAGGAAAAAGUACAGAGGAGGAAGAAGAAGACGAAGGAGGACAGAGAAAGAGUACGAUGUUUUACUCACAGUGUCUUCUGUCGAGUAAAGGUCCAUUGGGUGCCAUUUGGGUUGCCGGUUACUUCUUCAAACGCCUCAAAAAGCGGCAGAUUACUGACACUGAUAUUUCUUCUUCUGUUGAUAAAAUUCUGCUAGAAGGAGUGCCGUCUGUAACUUAUAGGAUUUUGGCCUAUCUUCUCCUUGGUGUCGUGAGAAUAUAUUCCAAGAAGGUUGAGUAUUUAUUCCAGGACUGUCACGAAACUUUCUUGGACGUUAAUAGAUUCUCAGUUGGAAAAAAGGUUGUUCCCUUUAGAGAUAUUGUGCGAUCUUCUCCUUCUAUCACGCUGCCAGAGAGGUAUGAACUUGAUUCUUUCCAGCUGGAGGUUGCAGAUGGUGCAAGCAAGUGCAACAUUGCACGAAAUGAAGACAUUAGUAUUAAAGUUGAUACAGGGAAAAAUGUACUUCCUCAAUACUCUUUAGACAAGCUAUGCUUUGAAGAGGGUUCAACUCUCUGGGAAGACAUGUGUGAUGCCGAGGCCUCACAUGGGGUCACUAUGCAACAGGAAACUUGUUCAUCCAAUCAGACACCCGAUAAAUUAGCAGCUGAGAGAGAAACUUCUACCUGUACACAUACUCCGCCUGACAAUGUUCUUUCACCUCAUCAGAUGGAAAUUGAUGGUGCAAGCUCUCCAGACCACAUAAAGACUUUUAAAACAAGCAAGGAGAAGCUUCGAGAGUUGAGACUCACUGAUGAGGAGGGCAUGGACUUUGACAGGAUCGAAUUGGAUGUUGAACUUCUCAAUCUUAUUAAUGAUUAUCAAGUUCAAACUACUGAUAACAUGGACGAGGAUGGUUUAGAGAAGAUAUCAUUAGAAAAUCAAGAUUAUGUUAUAUUAGAAGAGAAAGAAGUUCCACCUUCCAAGGAGAAGACCCAUGAUUCAGAAGUUGCAAAUGUUGGAGAUACUGCUACUCCCGAGUUUAUGGUUGUGCCCACUCCUGUUAAGAAGGAAAAGAUUCAAAGACCUUGCAAAAGAAAAUGCAUGUUUGAUGAAACUACAAUGUUCGGUGCUGAAAUAAUGAAGCAGGUCAUCAAAGAAGCUAGUGGCUUGGUAUGCAAGAGAAGGAAAGUUCCUCAUACAGUCAUCGAUUUGUGGAGGUUUCACCGCAUUUCAGCUCUUCCAAAGAGUUUUUUGGAGCCUUUGAUACCCUGUGUUGCUUCGGAGCUGGAAUUCAUCCGCUGUAGAGUAAACACAGAAAGAACUGAACCAUCAACUAGUCAAGCAGUUGAACCUAUUGAAACCACCCAAGCUCCUGUAAAGCAGCUGGAUGUUGUGAUUCCAAGUGCCCCGAUUGACAGUCGGUCAAUAAUUGCUCCAGGAACGCCAAGUGCCCCGAUUGACGGUCGAUCAAUAAUUGCUCCAGGAACACCAAGUGCCCCGAUUGACAGCCGUUCAACAAUUGCCCCAGGAACACCAGUUCGGUGUCCAACAUCUGGUAGGGUUUUUGGAAAUUUCAGGGGUGCUGAUUCAGAUGGUGAAGUUGCUCAAUGGUAUGAAAACAUGAGGAAGGGGUCGGCUGUGCAUGAUGAAGCGGAGGACAGCUGUGGUCCAUGUCUGAUAGCUGAGAUGGAUGAAAAUGAAGGAGAUAGCCAAGAACUCCAUAAGAACAAGAAUGGGGGUUUAUCUGCUAGAACCAGAACUGUGGCGAAAUACCUACAUCGUGUAAUCCAAAGAAAGAAGCAGCAAGGGGUGGAAACCAUUACAUUGCUUCCCAUCGUUGAACGUAAAACUCGGAGAGAAAACGCGAUGCUCUUUUUCGAAAUACUGGCGUUGAGUACAGGAGGAUAUAUAAAUGUAGUGCAAGAAAAAGCUUUUGGAGAUGUGGUUUUGCAGGAAACACCUCAACUUAAAGAAACUUUGAAGAAAUGCUGACAGAAAUAUGCCAGUUUUUGCAGGAAUGGAUUAGGGUUUUAGGGUAUAGAUUAAUGAAUUAGUUUUUUGUUGCUGCCUGCAACAAAUUUCAGCUUAGAGUUUACUAGUUUAUGUCUUUUCUUUUUUAUAAACCAUAAAUUAUAGGUAUAUGUAGAUAUUUAACAAUUUAGUUUUUA